AUGGGGGUUCACCCCGGGCUGCGGCGGCAGCUAGUAGGAAAGCAGCUGGAGUUCCCGGACUGCCGCCAGUCAACCAUCGACGGCCAAACUACCGCCCCAACCUUGCUCAUCACCGUCGUGGUCGACAACGCUUUCCGCGCCAGGAGCGCCGUCCAAUGGCACGGCUUCUGCCAGGGGCCGCUGACUGGCAUGUCGCCAGCAGACGGCAUCGAGGGCGUGACAUCCACGUACUUCUAUUACGUGUCUGAUCGUGUGCACCAUGACCGAGACUGUGCUCCAAAGUUCACCGGCACGCAGGGAGGCGAGGCUGGUCUGACCGCCGGCAGUUGCGCGGGCCGUGAAACAAACAAUCCUCUACAUCCUUUUCGGCAGGGGCCAUAUGCGUGCCCCGAAGCACAACUCAUGGCCAACUGUCCUGUCAUUCGCCUCAAUGAUGAUAGCGCGGUGGAGCGGCUCCUCCGAUGGUCCGCCAUGACAUUGGAGGCCACAGCCUCGUGGGUUGCUGAUGAGGACAUCAAUACCAUUGUUACACCCGCAGCCCCUACUGUUACAUAUACUGAACAAUUACUAGAGCUCGCGCACGUCAGACAUGAGCCCCGAGAGCUGAAGCUCUGGCUCCGCAGCCUGCAAGCGGCUAAUCAACCGACGAUUUGA